UAACAUCUCCAGCUGGGUGUGGUGCUGGGCGGGGCCCUCGCACUCCUGGAGGCCCCAGCAGCUGCCGGUCCUAAAGGCUGUGAUCUUGCCUUCACACAGCAGAUUUAUUUUCCCAUCGAACAAAUAUCUACUGAGCAGGGUCACGAUACUGGGGACAGCAGGUCAAGGAGACAGCUCCCGUCUUUGUGCGGCGUGGACUCCGGGUGAACUGCUUGUAACAACUGCCAAGUCAAGAACAGCAUCUGCCAGCCGCCCUGAUGCUCCUCUGUGCUACCUCCCUCAACUUCAACCUCUCCCUCCUCCAAAAUUAACCAGCAGCCGGACUUCCAUGCUUCCAUGGUUCUCAAGUAUAAACAAAAGCACCACAAGCACCACACCCUAGCCCCUGAGGAAAUGAUUUCAGUGGAUAUGGUGACGGCAAUAGCCAUCGUCACUCAAAUUGGAAUCGGGAUGGUGGGGAAUUCUUCCUUCCUUUUCCCUUACAUUUAUUCCCUUUCCAGGAAACAUGGAUUGAGACCAAUAGCUCAUAUAAUCAGCCAUCUUGCACUGGCCAAUACAUUGUGGAUUCUUUGUGGAGAAAUCCCUCAGACAAUGGCGGCCUUUGGGCUACAGUAUUUCCUGGAUGAUGUUGGAUGUAAACUUGUGUUCUAUUUUCACAGAGUGGCCUGGGGAAAUUCUCUCAGUACCACCUGUCUUCUAGGUGGCAUCCAGGCCUUAAGUGUCAACCUAACAAACAUGAGAUGGUCAGAACUCAAAUCCAAAUCCAUAAAACAUAUUAAUUCUACUUGUAUCCUGAGUUGGGUGUUUCAUUUGCUGGUAAAUAUCGUUGUUCCUAUGAGAGUGACUGGCCAAAAAAGCAGCAGAAAUAAUACUGUGAAUUCAAAUCUGAAAUAUUGUUCUCGUCUUUUCUUUGAUACAACUACAGAAUCAGUAUGUUUAUUUAUUUUCUCCUCUAUUGAUAUUAUCUGUUUGGGAUUCAUGACAUGGGCUGGUGGAACCAUGAUACUUUUCCUUCACAGACACAAACAGCAAGUCCAAUAUAUUCGUAGCACUAGACAGUCUCCUCAAACAUCCCCAGAGAGCAGGGCCACAAAAUCUAUCCUGCUGCUUGUGAGCACUUUUGUCUUAUUUUAUUCUCUCUCUUCCAUUUUUGAAGCUUACAUUUUUCUUUUCGACAACCCACAGUCAUGGCUUGUGAACACCAGUGUAAUUCUAACAUCUUGCUUUCCAACUUUCAGCCCCUUUUUGCUCUUCAAAAGCAACAUCUCUAUCUUCCACUUCUGUUCUUCCUGCUGA